GCAGUUGUUGCUCACUUCCGAGGAAUAUGACGUUUUUGAGCAUCCAACUCAGGAGAUGGCUGACGCAGGAAGCAGUAUGGAGAUUUGUUGGUUUUGUUUCAACCAUUGUUGGGCUUCUUUGUUAUGCUCUCAGCUCCUCCUUCGACUAUCUAUUCGGAGAGUGGAGCUUGUUGAAAAUCUUCCUUUACAGUAUUGUUAGUCUUUUAAUCUGUCUCGGCAAUAUGUUUGCUAAGGCAUGUCGGCACUCAACCACUCUCCGGUUCAAAGCUCAUUCCUCAUUCGUGGUUUUGACUGUCACAUCUGUGUAUUCCUAUUUCGCUGAUAAACUUGUGAAUGGGAAACCAGAUGCAUAUAGUUUGGUCUCGUGUGCUGCCUUUGCUAUCAUGUCACUCAGUCUCUCAAGACAAAGUGAGUGUGGAUUUGAAGUUGAUCUAUUUUAUUUUUUCAUGGGAUGUUUAAUAGUACUACUCAUGAAGAUUACGUUGGCAUUGGCAAUUGUUGGAAUAGGUUUUAGCUAUGGUCUUGUUAUUCUCCGUUCGUCCUUAUCAUACCCAAAUGUUGGAGUUGGAGUCCAAGAUGACGAACUCGCCCUCACCGAAACUAAUGCAAUAGUGCUUUACGUGGAUCAACUGGCACUGGAACUGGCGCGUACCAAUAUCGAUGCAACAACUCAUGACUUAUCUGAAAGAACUAGUAGUACGAUGCAACAACUCCAAUAUUUGGAAGAAGGCUCCUCCGAGAUGACGCCAAGACUUGGCCAGAGUCAACCUAGGCUGCGCGCGAAGAAGCCGCGCUUCACCGUUUACCGGCUGACGGGGAAGAGCGCGCGCGUGCAGAGAAAAGUGAGGCUCCUGAAACUGUUAGUUCCCGGUUGCCGCAAAAAGCUUCUGGCGGAUAUUUUGGAAGAAGCCAAUGAUUACAUAUCCGCGCUUGAGAUGCAGGUUCGAGCCAUGAGCGUUCUCGCUGACCUUCUCCGCGCCACCUCCUAAUAGAGGAGAGGACGAGAUUGAACAAUCAAGGGGUUCGAAAAAUUCUAGAGUAAAAAAAUCUAAAGAAAU